ACAGGUGAAGCUGAUUGACUACAUCCGCAGACAACGGCAGUGUAAGCUGAGCGUGCCCCUCCACGACAGAACAGCAGAGCUCAACAGCUACCCACGAUUCAACGACUGGUUAGACAUUGUCAAUGUGAGGAAAGAAGUCGUGCAGCGAAUACCAGAGGAGCUAACCUUAGAUGCCUUACUAGAAAUGAAUGAGUCCAAGGUGAAAGAAACGAUGAAGAGAUGUGGUGCCAGAGAUGAGGAGUGCUCCAGGCUCAAUGGGGCACUGAGCUGCUUACGGAAGGUGACGGAAUCAGGUGGGGAGUUAAAAGAUGAUGUGCUGAUGAAUCUUUCUGAGGCACGGCGAGAGAACAGCUCUGCAAACAUGACCGAAUCCCCCUGCUCCUCUGUGCCCACAUGGACUCCCUCUGCACUGCACCUCCCCAAGGGCAACAGCCAGCAGGCACGUUCUGUGUCGGUAUCUACAAUCCCGUCUUCAGACUCUCUUGCCUCGAGUCACGGACCUUCUAUCUAUGCAGAAAACCUCCUGGACCCUUUUGCGUUCCCCGCACACAGCGGAAGGUUGACGCCAAGGACUCCUCACAGCAUCACCAUCACUCCACCAACCACUCCUCAAGCCAAGAGACGACAUAAAUUGAAGCCACCACGGACUCCUCCUCCCCCUUGCCGCAAGGUCUUUCAGCUGCUGCCUAACUUUCCAACCCUCACAAGGAGCAAGUCCCAUGAAUCACAGUUGGGAAACAGGAUAGAUGAAGUUCCUCCGAUAAAGUUCGAACUCUCCCAAGGAUCCCCUCAAACGGUACGAAGAGACUUCGGCUUAGCCGUCACACACAGGUUCUCUACAAAGUCUUGGUUAUCUCAGAUUUGCCAAGUCUGUCAGAAAAGCAUGAUGUUCGGGGUGAAGUGUAAGUACUGCAGAUUAAAAUGUCACAACAAAUGUACUAAAGAGGCACCUGCUUGUAGAAUAUCCUUCCUUCCCAUAACAAAAAUAAGAAGAACAGAGUCUGUCCCUUCCGAUAUCAAUAAUCCAGUAGACAGGCCAACAGAACCGCAAUUUGGAACUCUUCCCAAGGCACUAACUAAAAAGGAGCACCCACCAGCAAUAAAUCAUCUGGACUCUAGCAGUAAUCCUUCUUCUACAACCUCCUCCACACCAUCUUCUCCAGCACCUUUCCAGUCUUCCAACCCUCCCAGUGCAACACCUCCCCCAAAUCCAUCUCCUAUGGGCCAAAGGGAUGGACGAUUUAACUUCCCAGCUGCGUACUACAUUCAGCAUAGACAACAAUUUAUCUUCCCAGAAAUUCCCAAUCCUGCACAAAUAGCACAGCCUCCAGAAACAGCUGCCGACACUAAUGUUGAUCAACAGCCAGGCACGGAUGGAGUUGAAUGUGAAGCAGAGGUGGAAGAACCAGAGACGAAUAAAUCCGAACCUGAAGAUGAUGAGGAUGAGGUGGAAGAUUUGCCAAACAGACGGCCUCACUUGCAGGGGAUGAUUUAUCGCAAACCCAGCCAGACUAGCGUCUACCUGCAGGAAUGGGACAUUCCCUUUGAACAGAUUGAACUGGGGGAUCCUAUUGGCCAGGGACGGUGGGGGAAGGUUUACAAGGGCAAGUGGCAUGGGGAGGUGGCCAUCAGGCUGCUGGAGAUAGACGGGAACAAUCAGGAUCAUCUCAAGCUCUUUAAAAAGGAGGUGAUGAACUACAGACAGACCCGGCAUGAGAACGUGGUGCUUUUCAUGGGAGCGUGCAUGAACCCCCCUCACUUAGCAAUCAUUACCAGCUUCUGCAAAGGAAGAACGCUUCACUCGUUUGUAAGGGACCCCAAGAUAUCCCUGGAUAUUAACAAAACCAGGCAGAUAGCACAGGAGAUCAUUAAGGGCAUGGGGUAUCUUCACGCAAAGGGGAUUGUACAUAAGGAUCUGAAGUCCAAGAAUGUUUUCUAUGACAAUGGGAAAGUUGUGAUCACUGACUUUGGAUUAUUUGGAAUUUCGGGUGUGGUUCAGGAAGGAAGGAGGGAGAACGAACUGAAGCUGCCUCACGACUGGUUGUGCUACCUGGCCCCUGAAAUUGUUCGUGAGAUGGCCCCUGGGAAGGAUGAAGACAAACUGCCUUUCUCCAAAGCUGCGGAUAUCUAUGCCUUUGGGACUGUGUGGUAUGAGCUGCAAGCAAGAGAGUGGCCCUUCAAGAACCAGCCUGCAGAGGCGCUCAUCUGGCAGGUUGGCAGCGGGGAAGGAGUGAAACAAGUCCUUGCAACUGUCAGUUUGGGGAAGGAAGUCAACGAAAUUCUCUCAGCGUGCUGGUCCUUUGAUCUUGGUGAGAGACCUAGCUUCACUGUCCUCAUGGAUAUGCUUGAAAAACUGCCAAAAUUGAACCGUCGGCUCUCCCACCCGGGGCAUUUCUGGAAGUCUGCUGAGUGA